UCACAAUAAUUCGAUCUCCUGGCUACACAGCAAGGACAUGUUUACAGAGGACACCUACCAUUUUCUGGCACUAAUAGUUGCCACGGUUGGAUUUCUUGGACUCGUUAAUAAUUUGCUUGUGUUGAUACUUUACUGCAAAUUCAAACGACUACAAACACCGACAAAUCUGCUUUUUUUUAAUACCAGCCUCUGCCAUUUUGUGUUUUCUCUUUUGGCAAUUACAUUCACAUUUAUGUCCUGUGUGAGAGGAAGCUGGGCUUUUAGUGUUGAAAUGUGUGUUUUUCAUGGAUUCAGUAAAAAUCUGCUGGGAAUUGUCUCAUUUGGCACACUGACAGUUGUAGCGUAUGAGCGAUAUGCUCGAGUUGUGUAUGGCAAAUAUGUUAAUUCUUCCUGGUCCAAGAGAUCAAUCACCUUUGUCUGGGUUUAUUCAUUAGCCUGGACUGGAUUCCCGUUGAUUGGAUGGAAUCUUUACACAUUUGAAACCCACAAAUUAGAUUGUUCCUUUGAAUGGACCGCAACUGAUCCCAAAGAUACAGCUUUUGUGCUACUGUUCUUCCUUGCCUGUAUAACUCUGCCUUUAAGUAUAAUGGCGUAUUGUUACGGCUAUAUUUUAUAUGAAAUCCAAAAGCUUCGCAGUGUAAAAAACAUUCAGAACUUCCAAGAAAUCACAAUUUUGGAUUACGAAAUUAAGAUGGCCAAAAUGUGUUUGCUAAUGAUGCUGACAUUUCUUAUUGGCUGGAUGCCUUAUACUAUACUUUCUCUUCUUGUGACAAGUGGCUACAGCAAGUUCAUCACACCAACAAUUACCGUCAUGCCUUCUUUACUUGCCAUAGCAAGUGCUGCUUACAAUCCAGUCAUCCACAUAUUUACAAUUAAAAAGUUCCGGCAAUGCCUGGUGCAACUGUUAUUCCAUAAUUUCUGGAGAUUGUUAAAAAACCUGAAUGGCAGACUUGCUAUGAAGAAAGUAAAGCCAGUUCUGGGAAAGGGGAGAUCUCACAACAGACCAGAGAAGAAGGUUUUCAGUUCAUCUGAUUUUUUCACUAGAACUACCAGUGAUACAGGAACACAUGGGAUAACAGAAAGCACAAAAGGCAAGCGCACUAAUGUCAGGCUGAUACAAGUGCAUCCCCUAUAUCCCUAGGGAGCAUUGUGGU